CGCGACGCCGGGACUUGUGCCGGCCGGCCGGCGAGUAUCGCUGUCAUGAAUCCCGGAUUCGGUAUUUCGUAGCGGCUGUGGGCCACGCCCUUUCACUGAUGACAGUUGUCCAAAUGUCUAUUCCUUCUUUCCAUCAUGGCGGCGAAGCGAACAUUUCCGUCUCUCCUUUGUUUGUGCGCAGCUUGAACGACCGGCUUGCAACAGUUGCGAAGUUUUAACUGAAGACAAGGGAGGCAAGAAGGGAGGUUUGAGCUCUUUUUAGUGACGCCUGAUGCGCGUGCGAUUCGAAUUUGCCAGAUGAGAGUAACGUGCAAUUCACAAUUGACGUCCAGUGGAUAUUUUAAAGCUCGGGCGAAUCUUCUGUUGACAUGCCGGGCGCGGAGCAGUCUUUCCGGGACCCUUUGGACGCCCCUCCAUCAACGUUGUCCUCGAACGCGCAGAGAACGCGCGUUUCGCAACUUGCCGGCCGCGCCACCGCAAUUCUCCCUACUCGGCAGUCGGCUCUUGCGAGUAGCUGCGCGCGUCGCACCAUCUGGCGGCGAACGCUUCUAUCAUAAAGGAAAGCUUACUGGGCGGAACCGCUGGCGAUAGAAAGCAAACUGGGCGAAAUACGGGUUAAUCUGCGGAUCAUAGAUGCGUCCGAGGCCGCGUCUCAAGGAAGUUUGGCGACCGUCCUAGUCGCGCUGUCAAGCUGCGCGCCACACUCUCCUUUGUAAAGUAGUAUUGAACGGAUAUCGGUUCAGCCAUUUUUAGCGUUGCCAACUCAAAAGAACAUGCGAGUUCAUAGUCUUCAAUAAUCCUUUUUGGUGUAAGGAAGUGCUAAAUUGUUGACGUCUUAUUCUGAACUAUAUCUUCAAGUUAGCGUCAACAUACUGUGCAGAUUUUACGAAAAAGAAAUAGAUUUAAUGAAUUACAAUUACAAUUACAGAACAUACUCCAGUAAGGUCAAAUGCUUGGAAUAUGAAUUUGAAAACUGAAUUUUACAUCAGAAUACAUGUCACCCCUGCGUCACGCGACACGACCGUACUGACGACGGCGCCUGCGUCGCCAACUGUGGGCGCUCAGGCGCACGGCAUGUGUUUGCGCGAAGCAAGGCCACGGACACCGCGUCUCCCUUGAGCGCAGCCCAGAAAGCGCGAUCAGACAGGUAGCGGACUGUGCACCAAAGAUACGUAAUCCUCUUGCGUGGCAUACAUCGUGACGUUCGCAAAAAUGCGACGGGCACAUAGUGCCUUCUGGCCGCCGCCGUCACUGCUGUUAUCGCUUGUGAUCGCUGUCGUCAUCAGCACCACGGUGUCAUCGCCGCUCUCAGGGGAGUGCGUUUUGUGCCGGCAAUGCGGUGCUGAUGUGAGCGACGGAGUGCAUAUUGUCAAUCAGUUUAGUCCUUCAGCUUUGGUGCGCGGCAACCAGUCAUUGUUUGGCGCCCGCGACGUACAAGUGCAGGUGUUGGAAAAUCCACUGGGCGUGCGUUUCCGUGUUGUCACAUUCACCAAAGCAUCUUGUGGUCCAGGACAUACGUGGCAUAACGAACAUUCUUGGUUUCCUGGCUACAUUUGGAGACAUUGCCUUUGCCCUCGGUGUGGUCAUCAUUUGGGCUGGAUUUUCAUCCCACAAUCUAUGGUCUCUUUGAAGACACUGUAUGCUUUAAGUUUGGAUAAUAUUCUAGGAGAACAAUUUUCAGAUUCUUUAAUGGUUGUGCCCAAAGCAUAUCAGAGUUGACUAUAAAUCAAUUGCACAAGUAUAAUAUAUUACGUUUCAGACUGUAUGCUAGUGCCUUUCACUUUGGUGCAAAGUUCUCACACGUGACACAUUAAUUCAAAAUGGGAUCAGAAGCAGGGGAGACAGUUGUUGAAUUGACGGAGGAACAGCAGGAAUUCUUGCGUCAAUGUGAAGAAGAAUUUGCUAACCGUUUUACAGAUCAAGAUGAAGAAUUCCAGAAAAUCAAAGAGCUCCCUGAAAGUAUUCCUCCCAUUGUUGAUCCAUGGUACAGCAGACCACCUCGUGCUGACUGGAACCGAAACAGCAAUAGAGGAAGACGAUCAUAUCAUGACAGAGAUAGAGAUCGUGAUCGUAAUCGUGAUCGCGAUCGCGAUCGCGAUCGUGACAGAGAUUGGCAGAACCAUCGUGGUGGAUCUGGACCUAUGUAUGGACAUAGAUAUCGUGAUAGAAGGGACAGGCCCUAUUAAAUUGUUGCACUUUAAUUUGUUUUUUUAUGUGGUGUGUAUCAUUUGUAUUGCAGUCCAUGAUAUGUAUGGGCUACAGUGUGUUGAGGUAAAAGGGUUAUUUUUUUUAUGCUGAAAACUGCAUGAAUUUGUGUAUUGUAUUUUUAAAGAUUUAUUUCCUAUCCGAUGUGUGAUAGUUCCAAACUUGCCCAUUUAUGUUUUCUUUUCAUAAUUUCUUUAAAAUAUUCUGAACAAAAAUUUAUUUAGAAAAUAUGGUUAAAGAAAGCCAGGAAAUAUUUUAUAUUUCCCAGAGAAGUGGUGUAAUAACAUAUUCCAUUGAAAUAGUGUGAAGAAACAGUCAUAAAUCAAGACAGUUUGUUGUAGAUGAUAUAAUUGACAAGACAAGCAAUGUAUAAACUAUACUUUGCACUUUAAAAUAAAUGAUUUUUUGGAUUUAUUUAA